UUGAAAAAGGACGAAAAAGGGUACCACUCACCCAAAAUGGCAGCACAAGCAACGAAAGUUUUGCAGUCCGGUUGCAACAAGGUUUUUGCAUUUAAUAUACAACAGAGAAAAUUUUCUGCUUCAUCCACAAAGAUGGCUGCUAAAGUUGGGUUUAUCGGGUUGGGGAACAUGGGCGGUCAUAUGGCCAAAAAUCUGCUCAAGAAAGGCUACCCUCUCGUCGUGUAUGAUGUCUCCAAAGAUAAUCUGAAUACUCUCAAAGAAGCAGGUGCCGAGGUUGCUGGUUCCCCGGCAGAGGUGGCGUCUGGGGUAACAAAGGUAGUAAGCAUGCUCCCAGAAAGCUCCCAUGUCAAGCAGGUGUACACAGCGGAGAAUGGUGUGUUCAGCACUGUGAAGAGUGGAAGCCUGCUGAUGGACUGCAGCACAAUUGACCCAUCCGUGUCCCAGGUCAUGGCCAGCCUGGCUGCAGAGAAGGGUGUCACCUUUGUGGAUGCCCCAGUGUCUGGAGGAGUGAAUGCAGCGAGGGAUGGUAUUCUGACGUUCAUGGUCGGGGGACCAGAGGAUGGGUAUGAGGCUGCUAGCGAGUACCUAAGCUGUAUGGGCAAGAAUGUUGUACACUGCGGGGCCGUCGGUACUGGACAGGCUGCCAAGAUUUGUAACAACAUGCUGCUGGGUAUUUCCAUGAUUGGAGUCUCGGAGACAAUGAAUCUCGGAAUCAAAUUGGGCCUAGACCCCAAGAUGUUGGCUAAGAUUCUAAAUAUGAGUUCUGGCCGAUGCUGGUCAUCGGAGGUAUACAACCCCUGCCCCGGGGUCCUGGACGGUGUCCCAUCAUCAAAUAACUACAAGGGGGGCUUCGGUGCUGCCCUUAUGACUAAGGAUCUAGGCCUUGCCCAGAGUGCAUCUACCUCCACUAAAUCUCCAACGCCCCUGGGCUCCAUGGCCCAUCAGAUGUACCGCAUCAUGACAAACCACGGCUAUGGGGAAAAGGACUUCUCCUCUGUAUUUAAGUUCCUGCAGGAACAGGAGGGAAAAAAAUAGGCCAAACAUCUGGGACAGAACAAUAUACAUAGGCAUCCUGGAACCUUAUACAUCUUACAUGAAUAUUUUGGAUAUAAUAUUUACUUGUUUUUAAGAGUGAUAUUAUGUUUAUGAUUUUAAUUGUAAUUGCCAAUGAGUGCUUAACAUUGUUAUUGCGCUUGUUUAGCACAGCAUUUAAGAAUUCAUUUUCAAGUUUUAUACAAUUAUACAUGUAAUAAGAAUUAUUAAAAGAGGCAUUGAUCAUACUUUUUUUGGAAAAUUAUGUUUAACGGCAACACAUCAAACAUAAUUUGAUAACAAAAUGUUUUUGUUUUUUUAUUAUCAAUUUUUAUUUCUGGAACACUUUACAGGUAUAUUGAAUUAAGUGUAUAUUUUUAAAACUGUCUAACAUUGUAAGCAAAGUUAUACUAUAAGUAACCAAAAAAAACACAGUUGGUUAAACUAGAAAAAUUAAUUGUAAAGAUACAAAAUAUUUCCUUUAAGUCCUUUAAUUUCUCAUUAAUAUUAUGAAAUAAUGCAGCUACAAUGCUACCUUUUGUACCCAGAGGUUGAAACCCAUAAUACUCACUGCCUGGUGUUAGUGUCUUAUUAAGAGUGCAAUGUGGAUUUGUUUUGAUUCUUUGUGUGAUUUUCACUAAUAUGCAAAAAGCUGGUUUCUUUGUGUACAGCCAACUUCGAAAAUGGUUCCAAUCAUAUGAAGACAGUCAAAUGUAUAUUGAGAGAUCAGCACAGACUGACGUAACUCAUAUUUCUGCAUGGAGUUACGACCCUUAAGGGCUGAACGCUAAAUAUUUCCUACUUUCCAUGUCAUUUUAUACAAACCAUUCUAAUGUGUGUGAUAUCUGGUUAGAUAAUGUUUUGGUAUGUCCGUUUUGGAUGUGCGGAUAUGAAAAGCUAAAUAUUUUUUUUGAAAUGCCAAGAUUUUGAUUACAUUGACAAAUAGUUAAUUUACCAUAACCAAAAGUUACAUGUAUUCAAAUUCUAUUGUCAGAUAAAAUAUUUUCUCUUUUCAUUUGGUUGUUUAAUAGAUAUUAAAGACAUUAUAUGAAAUUUGAUCAACAUCAGUCUCAAAAUUAUUUUAUAUUCAUUUAUUUACAAAAUUACAAUGUAUUUUCAAAGGUUGUUGUACAAUGUUUUAGCAUUUGCUUGAUAGAUGCUGUAAUUUACAUCUGUGAAAUUAAGGGUAUACCAUGCAAAUAUGUUACACGAUUUAUUAUAUCUUUCUCAUUUUAAUUUGAAAUGGUAUUAAAGAUAACUGUACAAUUAUAUGAAUAAACAUGACAAA